CAACCAAGCUGAUGACGACGAUGUGUAAUUUGUUAACGAUACCCUAGAGGCACCGCUGUGUCUGUACAACCACUCAACAUUUGGGGGACUGCUCCUCCGCCGCCGCACCGCCGCAAUUGCCAGGCCACGCCGCCGGUUUUACAUCAACAUUAUCAAUUAUGGAUGAAUUUUCUCUAAAUACCGAACCUGCGUGUGAUGACGAGGCUGAAGAAUUUGAAAUCGAUGGAGAAUGUGCGAUGACGGAAUACGUCGGUCAAACCGGUAAUAUUCUGCGAGGUGAAAAUCCUCUGCCUCCAGCUGUAGGAAUGGAGUUCGAUUCGUACGAUGAUGUUUAUUACUUCUACAACUGUUACGCGAAACAACAAGGAUUCGGAGUAAGAGUGAGCAAUACUUGGUACAGAAAGAGCAAAGAAAGAUACAGAGCAAAAUUCAGCUGUAGCAGUGCAGGUUUCAAGAAGAAAACCGAAGCCAAUCGGCCGAGGCCCGAAACUCGAACGGGCUGUCCUGCAAUGAUUAAAUUUAGGUUAAUGGAUAAUCAUCGCUGGAGAAUUAUAGAAAUGGAACUCGAGCAUAAUCACUUAACUGGUCCAGCUGGCGGUAGCUUCUGUAAAUCUCGUAGGAUAACGGAUCUUGGAAGUAAGAGGCCUUUGUCGAUAGACGGCUCCGAGGAAGUUUGUAAAAUCAAAUUGUUUAGAACGUUGGUAAUUGAUGAAGAAGACGACGGAGGCGAAACUAGGAUUAAUAUUGAUGGGGGCGACGAUAAAUUGAAGCUUAAACAAGGUGAUGCGCGAGAAAUGCUGGAUUUUUUCACGAGAAUGCAGUUGACUAGUCCUGGUUUCUUUUAUGUUAUGGAUUUUAAUGAGAAAGGGUGUUUGAGGAAUGUAUUUUGGGCAGAAACGAGGUGUAGGGCAGCCUAUGGUUACUUUGGAGAUGUUGUGUUUUUCGAUACUAAAUCUUUGACUGAAAAUUACGAGGUUCCGUUGGUUGUAUUUGCUUGCAUCAAUCACCACAUGCAGAUGGUGCCAUUAGGGUGUGGUUUGGUUUCGAGCCAGAGUGUCGAGUCGUUUAUAUGGCUGUUCAGAGCGUGGAUCACGUAUAUGGUGGGGCGGGCCCCACAAACUAUCAUUACUGGGCCCUGUAAAGCCUUGCAAAGUGCUGUUUCCGAUGUUUUUCCGAGGGCUUUUCAUUGCCUUUCCUUGACAAAUAUUAAGGAAAAGAUUGCUAGCGAAUUCGAUCCAGCAUUUACUAGAGUCGUUUAUGGUUCUUUGAGAGUGGACGAGUUUGAAUUGGCUUGGGAGGACAUGGUGAAGACACAUGGACUUGAAAAUCACAAGUGGCUCCAAACCUUGUACGAAGAUCGGAAGCGGUGGGUCCCGCUCUAUUUGAAGGAAGUUUUCUUGGCGGGACUUUUUCCCGUUAAGGAAAACGAGAGAUUGUCUUCGCCUUUCGAGGAAUACUUGAGCCCACAAACUUCUCUCAAGGAGUUUCUGUGCACUUACGAACGAGCUCUUCUUGAAAUCGAACAAAGAGAAACACUAUCCGAUAUGGAAUCUACAAACAACUCGAGUUGUGCACUAAAGUCGAGAUUCUCCUUCGAGCUGCAGCUCUCGAAACUGUACACGAACGAAAUAUUCAAGAAAUUUCAAGACGAGAUCGAAGGUAUGUACUCUUGUUUCAGUGUAAGAGAAAUAAGCACCGAUAGCUCAUCCUUGACUUAUUACAUAGUGAAAGAAGACAUCCUAGUUGAGCAAAACCAUAGACUAACAAGGGAGUUUGAGGUGAUGUACAAUACUUGCGAUUCCGAGAUUCUUUGCGCGUGUGGGCUCUUCAAUUUCAGGGGCUAUUUGUGCAGACACGCAUUGAGUGUAAUAAACGAGACCGGUCUGGAGGAGACUCCACCUCGGUACAUUCUUGCCAGAUGGAGGAAGGACAUUGGUCGAGACUAUAUUUUCAAUCAUGGGUGUAAUAAUAACAAUAAUAAUGGCGAUGAUAUCGAUAUAAAUAACCCUGUGCAUAGAUAUGAUAGCUUGUACAAAUGCGUAGUCAAGGUUGUGGAUGAAGGGAGGAGAUCGCACGAUCGAUACAAGUUUGCUUCGCGGUCGUUGGAUGAGAUAUUGAACAAAGUUCAUGUCCAAGAGAAUUGUCCAGCUACUAGCUCCAUGUAGGAUUUGUCCAGACACACACUUCUAUUUAUGGUAAGUGUGUAAGAAAAUUGGCAUAAAUCAAUUAAUCAUGCUUUGGCAUAGCUUUUGUUAACAUUGUAACAGCAGUUGUGUAAAUAUGCAAAAAUAUUAGAAUUA